UCAAGGAAGCGAGGAAAGGGAAAUGAGCCGCGGACUCGGGCAGUUUUAACGCUGCUUAUCUCUUAUGGGCCACGCCAGCUCCCUUCUCUCCUCCUCCUUUACCAUGGCGAAGUUGUUUUCUUAGUAGAUAUUCGACGGUCGUGUCGUUGGGAGUGCGUGCUUUAUGCGCGCAGUGCGCUCAUUGUUGUUUGACUUCCGCUCGGGCUGCGGAUGACCCUGAAUUUGUCACAGAUUCUGUUCUCGGCCAACAGAUCCCAGCCAAAAGGCCCAGGAGUCAUCAUUAAUAACUACUACACGACAAAGGAUCGAGAAAUGUCAUCCAAAGCAGAAAACAGUCGUAUCAUGCAGACACUCAGAGCAAAUGUAGCAGCUUUCAUGGAUCUUCUCGAUAAAGAUUUCUAUAGGAUGAAAAGAAACGUGGAUAACUGCCAUUUAAUGUCAAACAAAAUAAAAAAUGUUCACUACGCUCUUGGAGGUUUCAUAUUUGGAGUAGCUGUUUGUGCACUGACUGUUUUUUCUUUUGAUGCAUAUGUUCAGAAACUAAUUUUAUCUAGUCUAGUCUUUAUCCUGUUCGUUGCAAUAGUUUUCAUAUACAAGUCAUGUCUAGAUGGAGUUAACUUAAACAUUCUAGAAUUUAGGAAGAGCGUUUAUUCAUAUGGCAUUGAACUGGGCAAACUGAAGCAGCGCUGUGAGGACAUCAAGGGGACUUUGGGAUAUGGAAUUGAAAAAGACAUAGUGGAAAGAAUUGAGGAGACUAUCAAAUACCUACUCGAAGACUUAUUGGCCCUCCCAGACCAAGCAACUCUACAGACCAUGAACCAAGUGCACCAGGAGUAUAUGGAAGUAUUAAAAAGUCUGGAAAAGAUCGAUAUUUUUCUUAGUUUCUACAGAGAGACAAAUAUCUAAAUGAGACCUGAAACUGAAGAAGAGCAAUUUUUUUUUUUUUUUAAUCUUAUGAAAUGUCUUAAGUUCCUGUGAUGGUCGAAUCUGUAUUUUCUGUGUGUUUGAAGCAUCUGUUGUCUCCCACUGUCUUCAUGCAGAAAACCAGUGUUGCAAUUUGUACACCACCCAAAGAGAGUUCUCCUGGGAAACCCUGGGUCUUUUUAUAAAUACGAUAUUUAACAACAUUCUGUUUUCAUGUUUUGUAUGUGAAUAU